AUGCGUGCAGAGUGGGAGAACGUCGACGAGCAGCAGGAGGGCAGCGGGGAGGCCCCGGCCUGCGCAGGUGGAGGGCACCUCCUGGCAGGUGCCCAGCCUUCCCCGCUCUCCAUCCACGUGUCUGGGAAGGGGCCGCCACAUGGGGCCCGAGAAGAGGACACGUGUGAGGUCGCACUGUUCGGCCUGGGAAGCCUGCGGCCCCGUGUGUCCCGUGGGCGGGUGGGUGAGGGCUGUGGCACUGUUGUGGCGGCCACGUCCUUGUGCUCACACCCUCGGCCUGUUGCCGCUUUGCCCCCAUAGACCAGAACCGGCCUCGCCCUGCUGUACCACGAAGGGUCUGGAAGCCCCUGUGAUGUCCGCCUGAAGCUGACAAGAGAGGUCCUCACGAUUCAGAAACAGGAUGUGGUCUGUGUCCGCGGGAGCAGCCACGGCGCACAUCACAGAACCGUCACGCUGCGCAGACAGCCCGCCGGCGGCUUGGGCCUGAGCAUAAAGGGAGGCGCCGAGCACAGGGUCCCCGUCGUCAUAUCAAAGAUACUCAGAGGCCACGCAGCCGACCAGACGGGGAUGCUGUUCGUCGGAGAUGCAGUCCUGCAGGUUAACGGCAUUAACGUAGAACACGCGACCCAUGAGGAAGUGGUGCAUCUUUUGAGAAACGCUGGCGACGAGGUGGCCGUCACUGUUGAGUAUCUCAGGGAGGCGCCGGCAUUUCUGAAGCUCCCAGUAGGGUCCCCAGAGCCAUCCGGUGACCGCGGCAGCGGGACCCCCUCUCCUCUGUUCGACAGCGGUCUGCACCUGAACGGCCACCCCAACAGCACAGAUCCAGCCUCACCUUCCUCGCCCGUAGCCAGUGAGCCGCACUAUGAGAAGCGCUGGUUGGACACAAUGUCAGUUCCUCUGUGUAUGGCCCGGAUCUCCAGGUGCAAGGCUGGAACGGAAAAAUCAAGGUUCGGCGCGUUCGAGGUGCUGGCUCCCGACGGCACCAGCACGGGGCUCCUGCAGUUUCACACGGCCCAGGAGAACGCCGACUGGCUGAGGGCAGUGUCCGCGGCCAUCAGUGAGCUGACUCGACAGAGCAUGAUAAUGGCAAAUAAGGGCUGUUCUCCUUGUGACCAGGUUGUGCACAUGGGCUGGGUCAGCGAGAGACUCGAAGGCACUGGCUCCCACGAGACCUUCAGAUCCAAGUUCCUGGCCCUGAAAGGAUCUUUGCUGUAUGUUUUCAGCACCGCUCCGGUGAGCACCUUAGACUGGGUACGAGCAGAAAAAACCUACAACCUCUGUGAGGUACUAUUUAAACUUCACAAGGUCUGCGAGGGCGGCCUGCUGGGCCCUCCCGGCCUCGGCUUCUGCGUCCUGGUGGGCCGCGGCCUGAGUCGCGUCUUCAGCGUGGAGCUGGGGAGCGAGCUGGCCGCCUGGGAGAGGUCUUUCCAGAGAGCCACGUUCAUGGAGGUGCAGAGAAGCCGGUCCAGAACAUACAUGUGCAGCUGGCGCGGAGACGUGCUGUGUUUCACAGUGGAUCUCGCAUUGGGAUUCACCUGCUCCGACAGCAAGACGAAGAAUGUGCUCUGGAGAUUUAGGUUUUCUCAGCUGAAGGGGUCUUCAGAUGAUGGCAACGCUCGUGUGAAGCUAUUGUUCCAGCAUCUGGACACCAAACAAAUAGAGGUGAAGGAACUCGAAUUCCCCAACCUGACUGCCGUCCUGCACUGCGUUCACGCCUUCCUAGCAGCAAAGGUGGCCUCAGUGGACGCCACGUUCCUGGAUGGCCAGAGCUUUGCGAGGAAAGUGCUUCUGCUGAGCGCUGAGCAUUGAAUUAUUUUCUUAAGAAAUGACUCUUUCCUGCAGACAUUGAAAGUCUGUGUGAUUUUAUAACGAGCCUCUAGUUGUGAUACCAAUA